CGGUCCUGCAUACCUAAAUCCAUUGCAUACUUUCAGUCUUCGUUUGUGUGUCGAGUCGACCAUAAGUACCUCUCCGCUUUUCGAAAUUAUCGAUUUUUAUUUUGUACCGUGUUACCGUGUUGUUCAUUGUUCAUUAAAUAAAUAGGUAAAUAUGCCUAAGCACAGCCGUAAACGACAACAUUUUUGUAGUCGAUCUAGAGAACGGAAAAAUCGGCGUUUAGAAAAACGAUUGGCCGAAAUGCAACGACAAUUAGAUGAAAUUAAUAGUCGGGAAAAAAGGCGACGUUUGGAGAGUAUGGGGAGCUCUAGAGGCGGUGAUGCCGGAGAACCCAGUGCAUAUUUUUCACCGUAUGAUAGUGAUUUGUCGCCUCGCCACUCUGUUCGUGAAACAGUUAGGGUGGAUGUCCACCAGUUAAACAGUGAUUCUGAACAGCAAGAAAAUAAUCCUCAGCCCCCGAUCGUGCAAUCAGAGGAAGCAGAAGAAAAAUCUGUGAGUUCUGAGGUUUUGCAGAUACUUGGCGAUGAGUCAAUAAAUAAGACCGUCUUAGGACCUCCAAUUUAUGAGGCAGUAGUCCCUCGCUGGAGUAAUAUUUUACAGAAUGGUUUAAGUGAGGAGAAUAUUCAAGUUCUUCUCCAAAAGCAUAUAAUACUCGAAGUCUCUGGAAGUACCUCAGUUAAAUCCCGAGGUUAGGGCAGCCUUAACUGCUCAAAUACUCCGCAGAGAUGAGCGCCUGGUGCGAAAACAGCAAUUUGUGGCUGCAAGCAUAUCAGCAAUUUCCCAAGCCUUAACUUUGAUGCUAGCUGAAGAAGGGGGGGGGGCAACAACGUAUAUAUGCAAUACCUAAGUAAUGCUGGCCGCCUAUUGUGUCAUCUACACCAUCUUGACACCAUGACACGCAAAGAUCUUAUACAUUAUUUAGAGCUAAAAGCUGUUUAUUUGGUUUUAAAACAUUUUGCUGAAAAUGCUUCAGAUUGCAAGAUAUUAUUCCGAGUUGACAAUACAACUGCCACGGCUUAUAUUAAUAAGAUGGGAAGUGUACAGCACCAAUCCCUAAAUAAAUUAUCUCGUAUUAUUUGGCAAUGGUGCGAGGGUAAAAAUAUCUAUUUAUAUGCCAGUUAUAUAAAGUCUAAAUUAUUCAAAGAAACCGAAUGGGAAAUAAGCAACUUGGUGUUUAAAGAUAUAAUAUCCACUUUUGGGAAACCAGAAAUUGAUCUUUGCUUCAAAAAUGAACGCUAAAUGCAAAAAGCUUGUAUCAUGGUUGGGAAGUUCAGAAUGCAUAGCAGUGGACGCCUUUACGAUAAAAUGGAACAAGUUUUUCUUUUAUGCUUUUUCAUUUUCUGUUAUUCUUCGUGCUUUGCACAAAAUAAAAGAGGAAAAAGCUAGAGGAAUUGUCGUUGUGCCCUUCUGGAUAUCCCAGCCAUGGUACCCACUUUUUACAUCAUUAUUAGAAUCAACACCUUCAGUUUUCGAGGCUGACGAACGUUUACUUUCUUUUAGGAACGUGCCUAAUCCUCUUUGGCGAAAAAUUUCCCUGGUGGCAGGAGUGUUAUGCUCCAAGCCCUGAGAGCUGGUUCAGUACCUGAAGAAGCUUUAGAAAUUUGCUUGGCCUCCAUUACUACCUCUACAAUUCAACAAUAUAAUUCAGCUCUUAAACUGUGGUGGCAAUUUAGAAAAUCUCGAAACAUGAAAGUUUAUUCAGCCUCUGUCCCAGAUAUUUUAAAAUUUUUUACUACUCAAUUUAAAAAUGGAGCUACUUAUACGUCUUUAAAUUCAUUUAGAGCAGCUCUUACUCAAAUUUUGGGGCCAGAAUUAACUUCGGAUUUUAGAAUUAAGAGGUUUUUUACAGGGGUCCAUAGUUUAAGACCUACUGCUCCCAGAUACAAUUACACAGGGAACCCCUGUAUUGUUUUGACGUAUGUUAAAUCUAUGUCUAAUGAAACAUUAAGCCUUCAAGACCUCACAUAUAAAUUAGCAAUCCUUAUUGCCUUGGCUACUGGUCAAAGAGUACAGACUUUAGCCAACAUAGAAGUUGAAAAUAUUAUUAUAGAUGAAAACAAAGUUGAGGUUAAAAUACCUAAAAAACUUAAAACUUCAGCCAAAGGUCGAAUUCGACCUACUCUUCUUUUGCCUUUCUUUAAUCAAGAUAAGAAAAUUUGUCUAGCUAGAACCUUAAUUGAGUAUUUAAAUAAAACCAAGAAUUUAAGACAGACGUCAAAAAACCUUUUUAUUACCGUUAAGAAACCUCAUAGACUUGUCACUUCUCAAACAAUUUCUAGAUGGUUAAAGGUGAUUCUAAAGAAGAGUGGGUUGGAUACGAACAAAUUCACAGCUCAUAGUACUCGCCAUGCUGCGACGUCUGCAGAUGCGCGAAAGGGAGUAUCUUAUGACUCUAUUCGGCUUGCAGCUGGCUGGUCGGAGAAAUCCUCUGUUUUUGCCAAUCAUUAUAACAGACCUUUGCUUCAAAAAGACAAUUUUGCAACGACUUGUUCUUAGUUGUUAGUAUUAUGAUGAGUUUUUAUCUUUAAGUUUCUUGGUUCUAAUGUUAGUAUAGGAAAAUAUUUUCCAGAUUUGUUAUUUGUCAUAUUAAGUAGGUAUAUUUUUAUUAAGAUUUAAGUUAUCUUGAAAAAUAAUUGUAUGUAAUAUAUAUUAUUUUUAUAAAUAAUAUAUAAAUAAAUAUAUUAUUUUGUU